AUGGCUGUUCCUCCAGAAGAUGAAACUAAAAACAUCCUAUAUGUCACUGUUAAAAUCAGUGAUUCUACAAACACAAAAAUUGAUUUAACUUCAACUCAUUUAAAUAUUGAUAGUGAUAGUGAUGAAAAUAAACAACAUUAUAAAUUAAAUUUAGAAUUUUUCAAAGAAAUUGAUCCAAAAUCAUCUCAUUAUAAUAUAUCUGGUAAUUCAAUCUUUUUUGUUUUACGUAAAGUUGAAAAACAAGAAGAAUUCUGGCCAAGAUUAACAAAAGAAAAAUUAAAAUAUCAUUAUAUUAAAACUGAUUUUGAUAAAUGGGUUGAUGAAGAUGAACAAGAUGAAAAAGCUGCUGAAGAUGAUGAAUAUGCUGCUCAAGCUGCUGCUGCCCAAGCCGCUGGUGGUGGAUUCCCAGGCGCUGGUGGUGCCGGUGGCCCAGGUGGUCCAGGUGGUUUCGACAUGAGUCAAUUAGCCGCUUUAGCUGGUGGUGAAGGUGGUCCAGGUGGUUUCGAUAUGAGUCAAUUGGCUGCUUUAGCAGGUGGCGAUGGUGCUGCUGGUGCUGGUCCAGGUGGUUUCGACUUUUCAAAAUUGGCUGAAGGUGCCGGUCCAGUUGAUCCUCAAACUACUGAAGCUGAUUUCAGUUCAUCUGAUGAAGAAGAUAAAGUAGAGGAAGUUAAAUAA